AUGUACUGUUGUAAUAGUAUACCAUCACCUCUUGUUAGAUUCAUCCACGCAACUCAUUUAGUAGUGAUUGUUGGUGUUAAAGGUGAAGACGGUAAAACAAAUGCGGAGAAAUUGCAAAUGAUCAGGGCAACAGAACAAGUCAUCAUGUGUUGUUCUGUUGCCUUCACAGACAGUGAGAGGCUGAUUGGCGAUGCAGCAAAGAACUAUAUUGCUAUGAUUAUGAAGAAUAGAGUCUUUGAUGCAAAGAGACUGAUUGGAAGAGGAUUCAGUGAUCCAGCAAUUCAAGAAGAUAUGAAGCACUAG